GGCUGGGAGCCCUCGGUUACUUCACUAGCUCUCUCACUCAGUGACUUCACUACUUCUCUCUCAGAGCACUGAGACACAUCGACUGUCCUGAAGACCGAAGACAGACAUGGGGGAAGUGUUUGAAGUGAAGAAUGUUGAUCUCAAAGUGGGAGACAAGAUGAAGAUCAAGGGGAAGAUCGCAGACGAUGCCAGCCGGUUCUGUCUCGACAUGGGCAAGGACAGUCAGGAGCUGGGGCUGCACUUUAACCCCCGUUUCCAUGAUGACGUGGACGGUGCGGUCAUUGUCUGCAACUCCAAGCGUGGGGGGUGCUGGGGAUCCGAGCAAAGAGACCCCAACUUCCCAUUUCAGAAAGGAGAGAUGGUCAAGUUCACAGUGAAGGUCCUGUCAGAUUGCUUUGAGAUCGAGUUGCCCAGUGGACACAUUGUCGCGUUUCCCAACCACCUGAGUCUGGACAAGAUCAGCUACAUCCGAGUGAAGGGAGAUUUCAAAGUCCUCUCCUUCAAGUUCGACUGAGUAGCUCCCUCUGUUUAUAUCUGUAGUUUUAUCACACUGCGGAUAAAGAUUUACACAAAACCUG